AUGCGUGGUUUCGGUCCUCUCCUCCUCCUCCCUGUGGUCGCCAACUUGGCUUCUGCUCAGUUCAACGUCUCGAGCGUGCCUGAGUCUACCAGAGAAACCUGGUGCACCAACCAACAGGCCGCCUGCCCUAUCAUCUGCUCCCAAACUUCCGCAAACUCUUCAGAGACCCUCGAGAACGACUGUGACCCCGAGACCCUCGACUACUCAUGCCUCUGCAGCAACAACCUGAGCCCCAACGCCUCCGAGUACUCGCAAACCAUCCCCUUCUACAUUUGUACCGCCACAAACCAAGAGUGCAUUUCAAACUGCGGCGGCAACACUCAGUGCGAGUUCAACUGCAACGCAGACAACCCUUGCGGUGCCCAGAACCCUACACGCAUCAAUGCCACCACUUCCUCCGCCUCGGCAACCGCUUCCUCAACUGGCUCUGGCAGCGCAGGCCAGGCUACAAACUCCGCCGGCCAGACCAUCUACAGUGGUCUCGGCGGUAGCGGUGGUGCCUCUGCCACUGGCUCCAGCAACACCAAAACUGGUGCAGCAGCCGCUCUCCAGCUCGGCCAGGCUUACGGUCUCCUCGCCGUCUCUGCCGGCAUCUUUGCCGGCUUCGGUCUCCUGCUCUAA